AUGCCCCUCACGUCAUUUGGAGAGAAUUCUUCCAACACUAAUGAACGCGAUGACUCGCUGGGAAUGUCUUGGCGGGCAUAUCAAAGUCUCCGGCAUGGUCAAGAUGAUGGAAAUGUUUGUGUUGCAGGCCAGAGGAUCACAACGAUCCAAUUGGAUGGCGUUCAGUACUUCGUCAGUCGGAUGAAUCCCUACUCGCCGGAGCUCAACUACUUCCUCGCCUAUCAGUACUGCCGCUCGCUGGGCCUGCAGCUGGCCUCCUUCGAGACCAAGGAGAAGGUGGAGUCCAUGACGCAGUAUCUGCAGAAUGCCGGCUACAGCAAGUAUGACUUCUGGACGUCCGGCAAUCGCUUGGGCACCGGCAUGUUCCUCUGGAUGAGCACAGGAUUGCCCUUCAACGCCACCUUCGACUACUUCGAGAACUCCAGCGACGCCUCACCGCUCGAGCCUGUGGAUCACAACCAAAACACAGCGCCUCAGCGAACGGCCAGAGACAGCAGUAGCGGCCUGGAGAAGGGAUGCGUGAUCAUGCAGGCCCCGAGCCUGCGAUGGGCGCCCGAGGACUGUUCCGCCGUGAAGGACUUCAUAUGCGAACAGACCCGAUGCUAUUACUACAACUACGGCAGCAUUCCUGUGUCUUCCGCUCAGGGACGACCAAUUUCUUCGACAACGACCACAACCACAACCACACCAUUGCCUCACUUCCUCUCGUCCACCACCUUCAAAAUACCCCUCGCCAUGACCCUGAACCUGCGCAGUGAGCCCAAGCACCUCAACGAGCACCCCGACCGCCCUGUUCAGGUGGAGACGGCCACUGAGGAGGAGGAGGAGGCACAGGAGGACGGCAGCGCGGAGAGCGAGGAGAGCAGCGGCGCCGCAGAGAGCGAGGAAACCACUGAGGAGACCACUGAGGAGGUCACCGAGGUGACCACGAAGCUGCCCAGGAGCGAGACCAUCACACCCGUGGAGCAGCGCCUCAAGCAGAUCACGGAGGAGAUUGAGAAGUUCAGCAAUACUGACGUGGAUAGCGAGAUUGGGCGGCAGAGCUUCUUCUCCCUCUCGGAUCUCAUCAAGAAUCUCAGGCCUAACGACAAAAAGACGCCGCAAAUCGACUCCGAUUACAGUAACACCAUGCGUGUGCUGGGCGACACCAAAUCCCUCAUCAAUGACGAUGCCCGGAAGGUGAAGGAGGCGAACAUAAAGAUUACGAGAUCCCUGUACUAAGGCUCCUCCUCUGUCGCGUGCGCCGUGCAGCAGAAGACUCGCCAGCACCCUUCUGCCUUGCUCUUCUCGCGAGAAAAGUGAGAUAGAAGGAACUGGGACUUUUCGGCUGCACGUGGAGUUCAUCCUCCUGAAGCUUUUUCUUGUGGUCAAACUUUGACGGUUAUAGUUUCAAAAUUCUCAACAUUCUAUCUGUGGAUUUCAAUUUUACCAAUUUUGAAAUAAUAAAAUUGAAUUGCAACUUAAUUGCGAAGAAGUAAUAUGUAUGAAUU